UGAAACGCCUCCAAAAGGGGGGAGAGAGUGUCGGUAGCCCUUGGAGACGGGGGGGCACAAUGGAGCCAUUAAGACCAACAGGUUCCAGGCUCUUGAAAGCGUUGAGCCAUCCUUCAGGUGAUCGCGAUAGCUCUAGACACGCUAUCGGCUUCGAUUGAGUUUGUGCAUCGAAUCAAGAGCAUCCCUCCCUGCUCCUGUUACCACUGCCACCCACCACUAACCUAACGGCCACCUCCACCAUUUUCCCAAACGGUUCUCGUAAUAGCAAAGAAAGGCGGCAAAAGGGACGAAAACAAAGGCACCGACCGGGUACUAUUGUCUCCCGUCACACAUCUCUCAUUUCGUCUUGUUCCAACAGGAAGUACGCCAGAGUACAUCGUGGCUGUAGUAGAGAGGACGUAGCCAUGGCUUCAUCAUCAUCAGCGGUCCAGCCUAGACCAUUGGAUUUAGUCAACAGUGGGAACUUUGCCAGUCCACUGGCUCAAUUAUCACUCGCUGGUCCCGGAGCUCAGCUUGGCGAAAGCUCGACCGCCCGCCGACCAUCUGCUGCACCUGCUUCGCAUGUCCCUCCCAUCAACUUCAACCUAUUCCGCUCGCCGUCCAUCUAUUCAGUCGAAUCCACAGCAUCUCUCGAUACCAUUUCAGCUGACGAACAUGCUUUCAACACGUCUCCACCGGAAACUCCAUCAACUCCCAAGGCUAGUCAGAGCCAGUAUUUUCCAUCGCAUACAGAUGAUCUUGCAAACAAGGGUCAUCGCUCAUCAAAGAGUCAAGAUUAUACCAUUUCAGCUGGACCAUCACGGUCAACUCUCGUCCCUAAACGUAGCUUUGUCGUCAAGACUCGAGUCGGGGAGCCGGAAAGGCCUCGGCUACCCCUCGAGCUGAGGAGGAGGCCAACGUUGGGUCGGAGCAAAACAGUCGAUACAGCGGAACUGGAAAAUGCCAGCUCGGACGGUCACUUUGAUGUGACGUCCAUACAUGGAGAGCAAGGCGCAGAUUGGGGAGAAGACGAAGCGGAAUUUGAAUGGUUGGAUACAGGCGAGCCCGAAGCUAUCAAUGGAGAUGGAAAGACGCGCCAAAGUCCAAGCAAGCGACUAGGGAAGCUCAAAGCGGUCAUGGCAGGUCAUGCUGCCCCGCCGCCCUCCAGAGAGGAAAAUACGGGCUCAAGAGAAGAUGGAAGGAGGCUUCGAAAGGCCCUUGUCUUCCCUCGGAGAGCACCACCUCCCCCUCCAGGGGUGGAACCUCAUCCAAAUUCCCCUCGUGCAGCAUCGACUUCACCAACAAUAUCUCAUCCUUCUGCCCUUCGGCCAUCUGGUUCCACCGUGACUCUCAAGACCUCUGGAUCGGGCAAUCAUCUUGCCGUGCCCGACAUGAAACGCCCCGGACUGGCGCAGCGUAGAGCGGAGAGUGAGAGGGUAGUCCCGACACCUGACGACUUCUGGUCAUCACCUUCAACCUCAGCUCCCAGUACACCUCGCGGAGCUCUCUCGCCGACCAUCCCGUCACCUCGUUCAAGCCCUAUACCUCUCCCUCCGUCCAUUAUGAUACCUCUGAAGGAUACUGACGGGUCUGGCGAGACCAGCGGGUCCAAAAUCCAACGUGAAGACAAUCGCUACUCUCAAAUGUCAUUCCAAUCCGCCGCAUAUAGCUUCUAUGACCUCGAUGCCUCUGGCCCAAGUACACCUCGCGCCAACACGCCAACACAGCGCACCAUUCGAGCUAAAUCUGAUGCCGGUCCUGUUCUAGUUGUUCAACAGCCUAUAGAACCUCCACCGAGGAAACAAAGUGUGGACUCAGUGUUUCCGAAUGGUAGAUACGUCAAGGUCUCGGUCUCUAAGCUAGAGAAUGAGAAGGCGCAUCGGGAGAGGACAGCUUCGGAUGUCAGCUCUAUGGGAACAGCGUCUCUCUCGCCGCUGGAUGAAGGAGAUGAUGCAGGCCCGUCAGGCUAUGUUGCGAAGGGCAUUGAAGCACGAGGCAAAGGCGACUUACCGCGGAGCGCCUGGUACUUCAUGAAGGCUGCCGAUGCGGGAAGCUCAACUGGAAGGAUGUAUUGGGGUCUAGCUUUGCGACACGGCUGGGGUGUAGCCCGCGAUGACAAGAGGGCUUUUGCCGAACUCAGACAGGCAUGUGACGAAUCUCUCAUGGAGGGCGGCAUCAACUUUUACCAGUCACCUGGUACGGUCAAGCUAUCCUUGCAGCAGAAAAAGAAGAUGACACGGGACGUGUCGCUGGGCAUGUUUGAGAUUGCCAAUUGCUUCCUCGAAGGUGUCGGGGUGAAAAAGGCGCCUGACAUCGCCAUGGCAUAUCUUCGAUUUGCGGGGAAUUUGGGAGAUCUGGCAGCGCAAGAACAGCUCGGGUUCCUCUUAUCAAAAGGGGGCAAUGGAGUCAGAAAAGACAUGAAAGAAGCUGCUAAGUGGUAUCGCAUGGCGGUGAGCCACCUUUUUGCCAGUUCUUGGCACGAUAAUUACGUCCAUGUUCACUGAUGUCAUUGAUCUCGUUCUAGAUCGGACAGGGCUCUACCAAUACGUUCGGUCUAGCAUGGGUCUGGAAGGUGCGUAAAUAG